AUCGGUGCAGGAUGGUGUGAACUUCACUGAAGACUUUAAACUUUAAACGACUCUGACUUUUUAAUUCACAAACUUAUCUUGUCUGGCUCAGAGCCGGAAUUGGAACAUUUUUAUUUUUUUAAUUUUUUUUAGCCUUUAACUUUUUCUGUCAUUUUUGAUAUUUGUUUUUUUAUGUGACUGUCUGUGUGACAGUAAGGUUUGACUCAAACAUGGCUGAGGCACAACAGCCGCAACAGCCGGUCGAAAUAGACCCGGAAUUCGAGCCUCUCUCCCGGCCGCGUUCUUGCACCUGGCCGCUCCCCCGGCCGGAGCUCAGCGACCCGGCCGGCUCCAACACCUCCUCCCCGGCGCCGUCGGUGCAGCAGGAGCCGGGAGGCAACGCUGAGUUCAUCAGCAACCUCAGCCUGUUGGAGGAGGACUAUGAAGAGUAUGCGGAGCAGAAACCGGCUUUUCCCUGCAGCGAGCCACAUCACCACCAGCACCAUCAUCACCACCAUGCUCUUCAUCAGCUCCCUGGUCCGCAGCUGCCUCCUCAGCAACAGGUGCCUCCUCCUCCCCCCGGGGUCGCACCUCUGCACGGCCAGAGGAAAAGCAGCUCGUCCCGUCGCAACGCCUGGGGGAACAUGUCCUACGCUGACCUGAUCACCAAGGCCAUAGACAGCUCAGCUGAGAAGAGACUGACCCUGUCUCAGAUUUACGACUGGAUGGUCAAGAAUGUGCCUUACUUCAAGGAUAAAGGGGACAGCAACAGCUCCGCGGGCUGGAAGAACUCCAUCAGACACAACCUGUCCCUGCACAGCCGCUUUGUGCGCAUUCAGAACGAAGGAACAGGAAAAAGCUCCUGGUGGAUGCUGAACCCGGAGGGGGGGAAGAGUGGGAAGUCACCUCGACGCAGAGCUGUGUCCAUGGAUAACAACAGCAAGUUUGCCAAGAGCAGAGGAAGGGCCACAAAGAAAAAGAUGGCGCUACAGGAAGGUGUUGAGGGAGGAAGCAGCCCUGGUUCCCAGUACUCCAACUGGUUGGGAAGCCCAAAUUCCCACAGUAACGAGGACUUCGAAGCCUGGAGCUCCUUUCGGACGCGCACCAGCUCUGACGCCAGCACGCUGAGCGGCUGCCACUCCCCGUUCCCUCCUGAGCAGGACGACCUGGGAGAGCCCGACAGCCACAUGAUGUACCCCGGAGCAGCGGGGACCAAGAUAACCUCCACGCUGCCCAGCCUGUCCGAGGUAGCGGGGUCCAUGGGCCAACACGGCUCAGAGAACGUCAUGGAGAGCCUGCUGGAUAACCUGAACCUGCUGUCUCCUAAAACCCCACAGCUGGGCUCCGACUCCUCACAUUCACCAAACGCUGCCAUGCUUCAGAGCGGUCCCUACAGCUCCGCCGGCUUGAGCCCACACCCACAGAAAGACUACCGUAAGUGCAUGUACAGCCAGGUGAGGAUGAACUCCCUGUCCCCUGCACCCAUGCAGACUCUUCCAGAGACAAAGCCGGGCUUCGGGGCUUAUGAGAAUCAUUACAUCUGCCCAGCUGGCCUCCUCAAAGAGCUGCUGACCUCCGAUGCAGAGACCAGCAGGGACACUCAGGGGUCUCAGGUCGGGAGGGGAGGUUGCCCGUUGCCCUCUUACAACCGCAGGAGCCACAUGGGGGGUCAUAAUGGAUUAAAAAUGAUGAAUCUUCCUCAGAGUCACCCAGUUCCUCAUGUAAACCCACAAGCUAUACAUAGCCAGGGUUCUUCAAGCUCACAGGAUUUGAAUAGCUGUAACCUGAUCCCCCUGACUAGUCUGACUAGUCUUUCAGGGGCCCCUCCUCGAAUGACCAGCCUGAGGACAUGCAUGCAGCCGCAACGUGGACACCCAGCACACACUAACGCUGUUCCAACAAACUACAGAGGCAACAACGGCUACAGGGAACUGAACUCGGUUCACCCGCACAGUCACCAUCAGGAGCGGCUGCCCAGCGACCUGGACAAUGUGUCCAUUGAGAGGUUUGAGUGUGACAUGGAGACUGUCCUCCAUGACACUCUGAUGGAUGGCGGGGCGCUGGACUUUAACUUUGACCCCGCGACUGGGUUUACCCAGAGGGUGAAGACCACCACACAUAGCUGGGUAUCAGGCUAAGACACAAUGUGGAGCAGGUUUUUUCUCAGCAUCAUGCCGCUGCUUGCCUCCAUUCAAAGGGUGAAAAACUGCCACUGAAGCACCCCGUCACACUCCACAGAGCCCCGGACAUAAAGCUGUGUCAUAAAUGUGCAGAGCUUGACCUGCAGUGCCUGUUAUUACUUUAUAUUUAACAGAGUUAAAGUUUAUGAUUCAGACCCGGAUACUGAAAUAAGACACAGUUGAGUAAAUUAGCAACCUGGUCUCACAGAAAUCCGUGAAAUAGCCACGGAUUUCGCUUAACUCAAAAUCCGUGGAAUAGCCACGGAAUCGCUCAAAUUUCCGUGAAACUGACACGGAUUUCGCUACAAUGCAAGUUAAUGACAGUCAUAUCCCGUGGCUAUUGGUUUGUUCCAAGUCACGUGACUUUCAAGGUCCCGGCGAUCAGAACAAAAAACAUGGCGGACAGUUCUCUCAUUUUUAGUGAAAAAUCAAUAUUUUGACUUAGUUUCUGCAUAAAGAUGGAUUUUGAUCACAUUUCUAGCGAGAAAUAUAUGUUUUAUUUUCUAAAUAUUCACUCAGUGAAUGUACAUAAUCACUUUGUAUGUUGGAAUAGCCACGGGAUAUGACUGUCAUUAACUUGCAUUGUAGCGAAAUCCGUGUCAGUUUCACGGAAAUUUGAGCGAAUCCGUGGCUAUUCCACGGAUUUUGAGUUAAGCGAAAUCCGUGGCUAUUUCACGGAUUUCUGUGAGACCAUGUUGUAAAUUAGUCUGUGUCACCUGUCAAAAACUGGAAUUAUGUAUAUAUCUGUUUAUUUUUGCUGAGUCGUGUUUGUAUGAAGAUAUACAGUGUACUCCAUAAGACAGAACACAGUGUCUUAUGUGAGUGCCUCACAAAAAAAGGCUUGAGUCAUUUCUCUGUAUGACUGUAUGAUGUGUGGCCAGUCUGACAUCAGGCCAACUCUGCACAACCACCUUUUGUUUUAAGACUGGACUUUUUAACAACAACUCAGUUAUAAGUUGGGGUUUGACCCUCACUCUCUUGAGAUGAUGGAAGAAUUGCUUGCCAUCCAGUGAAAGGAUCAAGUUUUUGUGUCUUUUCGGGCCAAAUCAGCAGCAUAUAUUUAGUGAGAUAACAGUUUGGAUAAAUACUUCCACAGUUUAUAUUUCAUAUUUCCUCACCAUAAGAUGAUUAAAUAGAUUAGAGAUCGGAAGACUGGCUGAAAUGAUCAGUUAUUCAUAUUUCGGAUGAAGGUAUUUAUUUAUGUUUUAAUUAUUACUGUAGAUUUUUUUGUUUUGAGAUUUUUAUGCUUGGAAAAUGUGUACCUAUGCUGUGUACAAUGUAUAUACUGUAUUUGAGUUUUUUUUGUUACAUCAAACUAAGAUGUAGGAAGGAAAUUAAAGACACAAAAUUUCAUAUUUUAGUCUAUAUCCAUCUGAAAUAAUGUCGGGAAGCGAACGGUUUGGUAAUUUGGAUUUUUUUUUGUGGGGUUGUAUGAGGUAUUUAUCCAUAGUCAGUGUUUUACUGUGUCACUAUUACUUUACAGGGGUUUUCUUUCUUUUUUUCAAGUGCAAAUGCAACAAAAAGUAAAUCACUUUUAUUUUUAUGUCAAAUAUUAACCUUAAAAUGAAAGUUGAAAUCUGUAAAUUAAUAUAAUGGGGCAUUAUAGAUUUUUUUAACAGUAUUAUUAAAUUGACUAAUGGUCAUUAAAUUAUGGUGAAUG